AUGAAGUACUCGGCGUUCGCAAUUGCCAUCCUUUGUGCGCUGAGUGAAUUAUCAAAGGCAGAGCGAUCAUAUACUGUGAAAAAUGAAGGUGUCGAACAUUUCAAUGGCUUUAAGGAGACCAAAUUUCAUAUGAGUGAAAUAAAAUUAAUCGGCCGACAACGUCUACUUAACGGCACCAUUACAUUCGACGAAGACAUGGCUAGCGAUCACUACAAGGUUCAAGUAGAGCUAUUUUCCUCACCACAGGGCGAUGAUCAGUUCAAGCGAUUGCCUAUGGGUGUGCCGCGCACCACCAUUUGUGAGGGCAUCAAAGGUUAUUAUGGCCAAGUGCUGCAGCCGUCGUUUAUUCAAGGCAAGAUUACCAAUUUCCCAGUUGUAACCCAGGCUGGUCUUUGUCCUAUACCAAAAGGUGAAUACUACAUAAAAAAUUUGGAAUUCGACACUGAAUCUUGGCCAAAUCAAAUACCGCGUGGCAUUAUAAAAGGCGUCCUAACUAUUUUCAAAGACGAGUUAAAUGUUGGUGGGGGUGCAUUUUAUCUGCGUGUCGAAGAUCGCGACUAA